CGCUCUCGAACCUCGUCGAGCUCUCGAAAGAAGUUUCUGUCGCUGUCGGCUGCUUGCUUGGGGCUCUUGCGCCAUAUCAUAACCUCGUUGCUCGCCGAUGUGUUUUGGUGUUUUCAUGUUGUAGCUGCUGUGUUCUGUCUUAUUCUGCAUCUCUGGGGCGUUAGGUCGUCCUAGAAUUGGUGAAGUAUUGAGCGAUGGCAGAUGAAAGUAAACCAUCUAAAGUUGACCCUCUUGAAGGCCGUUCUGGAGUGCACUCAGCAACUCGCCAUUAUAUAAAUUUGAUUGAGAAACAAAACCAACACCGAGUGGCAGAGCUGCUUAAGCAUCGUAAACGCACUAAUCUGACUGGGUUAGGUUUAUUUGGUGUUGUAGUUGGCAUCUACGCGUAUACAAUUAGUGCUGUGAAGCAAGAGAAAUUUUUGGACGACUUUGAAGAACCAAAAUUUAUUGAAAAGAGAGUUUAAUUAAGACACAUAUUUCUCAA